UGAGUGCCUUGGCCUUGGGAAAGUGCCCUUUUAGAGAACGAACUACUAUAAAAUAUGACCAGACAAUUGUCAAGGCUUUUAGUUGAACUUCAAACGUUUCUCGGGCAAAAUGUAUAAUCCACUGGCUCUCAUUUUCUGUCUCCUGUAUCUCAGCAAUUGCGUCCAAUCGAACGAUUGUGGCCAGGAUGAAACACUCUACUGCCGCGGAGAACGUGCCCUGCGCAAUGUGAUAAGAAAUUUGAAUAAAAGUGACAAGCCGCUAGUGAUAAUGCCUGGCAUGGAGAUAGUACCAAUGCACAAUGAAUCAGCAGUUGGUAAAGAAAAUCCGGAAGAGACUCUACUGGAUAGUCUGGCCAACUAUUUGCGAACGCAUGAGGUCAAUGUCAAAUUAGUUGACCUGCUGGAAGAGGGAAAACUGGUGGAACAAGCAUCAGAGGCACGCAAGAAGGAUAAAGGCCAGGGACUGCUACUGGCCAUGGCCCUGAUGUUUGGCAAAAUGAUGGCAGUUCUGGGACUUGGUGGCAUUGGAGCUUUGGCCAUGAAGGCUCUAGGCGUUGCCAUGGUGGCUCUAAUGAUGGCCGGAAUGCUGGGCUUAAAAACAGCUGCUCAGCAUGGAAACGAGUCGAGUCAUAGCAUUUCAUAUGUCACCGGUGAAGGACAUCAUCAUAAGCGACGACGUCGAGCAGCCUGGCAGGUGGUCUCCGAGCAGCAGGAACAACCUUUGGCCUACCGAGCCUACAUAAACUAAAAAUGUUUGACAAUCAUUCUCAGAAUCUACAUCUUAUGUUAUGUAAUUUAUUCGUUAUGCUAGAGAAAUACAAAAAUUGUUUCAACUUUU